CUUCGAAGCUAUUUAGCGGGGCUGUCAGUUAUUCCGGCAGCCCGAAUCCAUUGAAAGCGCCUGCCUUUAUACUGCACACAAAGGAAGAAAGCCAGGCACCCACUCACGCUUUCUGUGAGCUUCUUAAAGAGAGCGUUGCACAUUCAACUGAAACAGCUGCAUCGCUGUUUCUCAUCAGUGCAGAGAGCCUCUGCUUUACCUCCGCCAGGCUUUGGGGCUGUCAUCGGAGGGGAACGCUUGGGGGAUCUUGACAAGGCAUUGAGUUUUGUGGCAGCUGUCACCAAAAAGGCUGGAUGGAUAUCCAUGGUCUUCUGAGACUUCCCUGCAUUUAGAUGGUUCUUGGUCUCUCUCAGCUUUGCACGAUCAGCAUUUCAUGGUCCAGAGGGUGUUCCAGACGCAUCUUGCAGCAUGCCUGCAUUGAUUUGAAUCCAGCAACCACAGGCAAGCCAGCGUUAAGACAGCGUGGAAGCCACUGCUGUGGGUUUUACCACGAAGAUGCACGUUGAAGGUUCCUGAAAACAUUUGACCCAAUGGAGGAUUCCAUCUAAAAUUCUUUGCAAAGGUAAAAAAAUACAUUUUAAAAAUUAUUGGGAAGCACAUUGUUUGCUUUUAAGGAUUAUAACUGUAGCAAGUUCAAUACUUUGUUUGCCUCUUCACAUAGCAGGCAUCACCUUGCUCACAUCUGACCUGCUUCAGAACCAGGUAUUUGAGUUGGAGCACACCUGGAAAGACAUUGUGAGCAGCUCUAGAAACCGACCUCUUUGGCUUACUGCAGCCCUCUAGACUUCCAUUCAAAGGAAGUUCUCACUAUCCUACAAAGGACGGCUUGGUGAGAGAGAAAUGCAAGUCUCCAUAGCAUGCACAGAGCAUAACCUCAAAAAUCGGAAUGGGGAAGACAGACUUAUCAGCAAACAGAAUACCAGCGGCUCAAACGCAGUUAAUGCAGCCCGGGCCAGAUUCCGGACAGUGGCAAUUAUUGCUCGCAGUUUGGGAACCUUUACUCCUCAACACCAUAUUUCUUUAAAAGAGUCCACUGCAAAACAGACUGGCAUGAAAUAUAGAAACCUUGGGAAAUCUGGAUUGAGAGUUUCAUGUUUGGGGUUAGGGACUUGGGUUACGUUUGGAGGUCAAAUUUCAGAUGAGAUUGCUGAACAGCUGAUGACGAUUGCCUACGAGAGUGGAGUAAAUCUGUUUGACACAGCAGAAGUGUACGCGGCUGGAAAGGCGGAAGUGAUUCUGGGAAACAUAAUAAAGAAAAAAGGCUGGAGGAGGUCAAGUCUGGUCAUUACAACAAAACUCUACUGGGGAGGAAAAGCAGAAACAGAGAGAGGACUUUCAAGAAAACACAUCAUUGAAGGAUUAAAAGCCUCUCUCCAGAGACUGCAGCUUGAAUACGUGGAUGUUGUCUUUGCCAAUCGGCCAGACAAUAAUACUCCGAUGGAAGAAAUUGUCCGAGCUAUGACACAUGUGAUAAACCAGGGAAUGGCAAUGUACUGGGGAACCUCCCGCUGGAGUGCCAUGGAGAUCAUGGAAGCCUAUUCUGUUGCGAGACAAUUUAAUAUGAUCCCACCAGUGUGUGAACAAGCAGAAUACCACCUUUUCCAGAGAGAGAAAGUCGAGGUUCAGUUGCCGGAACUAUACCACAAGAUAGGUGUUGGAGCGAUGACAUGGUCUCCGCUGGCCUGUGGCAUUAUUUCAGGGAAAUACGCCAAUGGAAUUCCUGACAGCUCAAGGGCUUCUCUGAAGUGCUAUCAGUGGCUAAAGGAGAAAAUCGUGAGCGAGGAAGGGAGGAAACAGCAAAGCAAACUGAAAGAUCUGUUCCCGAUCGCUGAACGCCUGGGAUGCACACUACCUCAGCUAGCCGUUGCAUGGUGUCUACGCAAUGAAGGUGUCAGUUCUGUUCUCCUUGGCUCUUCCAAUCCAGAGCAACUAAUAGAGAAUCUUGGAGCCAUACAGGUUCUUCCGAAGAUGACAUCCCACAUUGUGAACGAAAUUGAUAAUAUUUUGGGGAACAAACCUUACAGCAAGAAAGACUACAGAUCCUAAUGCUUUGCAUGAUUAAACUGGACUGCAUGGCUAAAAUAGCACUCUGUACCUUGUGCAGUACUGAGUCAAUCCUACCCAGUUAUAAUUACAAUUAUUCAGCAGUCUCUCUUGUCUACUAGAUUCUUCAAGGUGGUGUGCUUCGCCAACAUCCAAGAGCACAGUGGAUCUCUCUGAACAGCUGAGAUUGUCCUUCCUCUUUGUAGUGCAUAGUCACAAAACUUCUGGUUCAAUUCUGACUCUGGGUGAUGGGCCUAGCCCAGUGGGGGCAAAUCCUGUCUGGGUUAUGCUAGUAGUCAUGUCAGGAUCCCCACCCACCCCACUUGCCCUCCCCCUCAUACCUCUGCAAUGCAAAAAAAAGCUACUUUGGUGGAUUCCCUACCCUUGUGGGGCAGGUUUUAAUAUGUGUGGGUGAACUGCACUGGGACUCACUCCCUGCUACUAGUACUAUUUGUGAAGGCAUUACAUGAGACACUGAUCCGAAGGUCCCCUGGAGUCAGACAGAACAUCUCACCUGGUUGUGCCCCACUGAUGGUUACUUUUCCUAUGACCUUUCCUGUUUAUGCAGUAACAAAUAAACAUGUAAAGAAACAAUGCAAGAUUUCUAAUCUUUAAGUACCUGGAAAUUAAAAGAAGGGUGUACAGAUAUAUUUUUGCAACAAACAAAAAGCCAGAUAAAGGUUUUGCUUAAAGAUAUAUUACAAAAUGUUUCAAGUGUAAAGAUUUAUCAAGGAUAAAUUAAUUCAGGUUUGCUUUUCAUUUGCUUUUUUAAGGCUGAGAUGAGUUCUACAGUACUAGUCUAGUUUCGGCACUGACAGAAAAAGGGCUGUCCAUUUGAAGACAGAAACAUUUCUUAAGAACUUACAGCAGUUUAUGUCCACCAGUCAUUUCAGGAUUUGAGAUAAAUUGUCCUUGGCAGAUGCACAUUCCCACAAACAAGGGAGGGUAUGAUGCAGCCAAAGGUAAGCACUGAAGCACUGCACACAUUUACCUGGGAGUAAAUCUUCUUGAACAUACUACUACUUACUUCUGAGGAAACAUGCUCAGGAAUGUACUGUUAAACAGAAUU